GGCAUCUUGUGACGGUACUCUUUCUCGGCGCUAAGCUUCCAGACUGCGGCAGUGAUGAGGAAGACGACGCCACCGAGAACAGCCGUGUUCUUCUUCCAGUUGGCCGGCUGGGCGUACCAACCACCCGAAGGCGACCAGACGUGUUUGGGCCGGCUGCUCGUCGCCGCUCGCUCCGGAGUGUCGCCCGCCACUGCCGCCAUCCGAUCCCGAUCUGCAAUCUCGGUGCGAUCGCAAUCGACAGCUGCCCUCGCUCAGCACGAUGCAUCCCACGACCUCAACAAUGACCGGUUCCCCCCGCUUGAGCCCCUCCCCCCCGCGGCCGAGUCCCUACCGUCGCCCCUCCCCGAACGGGCCUUGACCUCGGCCAAACUGGCCGCCCUCCACGCCCGUUUGAACCUUUCUCCCAAGAUCCCCCUACAGACAUUGGCAAGGACACUGGUCGACGCCUCGGCCGACGAGAACCCGCAGUUCAACAACGCCAACCUCGCCUUCGUUGGCCAGACCCUCAUCAACUACCAUAUUGCCGAAUGGCUCCUCUGCAAAUACCCCCGUCUACCCCAGGGAAUUCUCUUCAGUGCCAUGAAGGCUUAUGCCGGACCGAAGCCCUUGCUCCAGAUUGCGCGGUCAUGGGGUGUUGAUACCGCCGCGGUGCCCGGCGGCGAGGUGGAUCCCGGUCUCCUGCAGUUCGAUGCCCUCAAGCCCGGCGUCUCCAUCACAAAUUUCGGCUAUAAGCGUACAGAGCUCGCCUACCUCGAGAAGUUCAAGUGGCGUCGCGGUAUGGCCUCGCGUGUCGUUCUCGACGACGACUUUGGUGAUGUCGAGGAGGCCGAGAUGGUCGCUAAUGAGCAGGACCAGGACGUGAGCUACGACCGCUACGGCAACCCCGACACCCGGGCCGCUGCUGAGCGGGCCCACGCCUACUUUGUGCGCGCCGUCGUCGGUGCCAUCUACGCCCACUGCGGCCGCGAGGCCGCCAAGGCCUUUGUCAAGGCGCACAUCAUGUCGCGCACCCUCGACAUCGCCAAGCUCUUCGAAUUCAAGUACCCCACCCGCGAGCUCGCCGCGCUCUGCGCCCGUGAGGAUUUCGAGCCCCCCGUGGCUCGCCUCCUCUCCGAGACGGGUCGCCAGUCGCGCACCCCCGUUUUUGUUGUCGGUAUCUACAGCGGCAGCGACAAGCUCGGCGAGGGCGCCGCCUCCUCUCUCGACCACGCCCGCUUCAAGGCCGCCAUGAACGCCCUGAAGGCUUGGUAUCUCUACAGCCCUGGCGAGAACCCUCGGGUACCCAGUGAUAUGCUGGAGGAGGGUGCCAAGCCCUGGACGCCAGCAUACAUUGAUAUGGGUGAGGUUAUCUCCCGCUAAAUGAGGAGGUUGAAACACGGAGCAUGGCGGCGGACAGUACGGGAGGGCAGUAGAGACCAUAGGAAGUGUAUGAAAUGAAAGGCAAAAAGAGAGAAGCAGAUGGCCUGCUUAAACUCUCAGUUUUAUUGGUUGUGCGGCCCAUCAACUCGGGAUAGGUCCCCCUUGUGGAAAUCGACGCAAGAGGAUCGAGAGGGAAACAAACAAGGAGUGGAUUUUGUUGGUGUGGUCUAAAAGCUCAGCUUACCUUUCCACUCUUGUCCUGUUGAGAGCGGGCAAUUGUCGUCCUGCGAAGGAAGGGGAUAUAAAAUGGAUGGUCCUCUCUCAUCCAUUCCCUUUCCUUCCAUUGUUCCUUGCUCUUUUUGCCGAAGACGAGAUGUUGUAUACAGAUUUGCGCGCAACAGACAUACAUGGACACACACGCACACCCCCGCCACAUAUACCAAUACAAAGGGGGGUUGGGACGGAACGGGGAAUGAAGAGGGUCUGGAUGGUGGCUGCUUGGCUCUGCUUUCGACAAAGAGAGACACAACCCUCCUCGGGGUGGCAUCUGUGUCCUUCUUUCUCAGUGUAUAAUACCAAAAAAGUAGCCGGGGCCAAGGAGAAGGAAGAUCGUUUGUAUGUGUAGCAUUAAGAAGUCAAAUUUUUACGAGGC